UGGAUAUUAAGAGUUGAAUAAAAGAGAAAUGACAGCCGUUAAAAUUCAAUUAGACUGGUCGCAGCGAUUCCAGAGAGCCGUCACACCAACAUUAGAAAGCAGAGCCAACACAGGCUACUUCAUGUAUUAAAAAUACCAGCAAAAUAACCUAACCCAUUAGUUUGUACUGCAAAGAGAGAGGAAGAUUAGCUAACUAUACAGACGGAGAGGUUCUUUCCAUGAGAGAAAAAAAAAAUUAUAAAAAGCUUUUAUCAGCCAACUGCCAGCAGCUGCUCGUGUUGGGAGCAGAUAAGCCACACUGCAGUCAGUCACAGUCGAGAAGGCGUUGAAGAUCCAAUGCGUCGCGUACAUUGAACGAAUUAUUUAAUUAUUUAUUUAUUUGUUUAUUUAUUUAAAACUGUUCAUUGAAGUGUAAUUAUUAAGAAAUGAUGAGGUCAUUUGAUACUAUUAACAAAUAAAUAAUAAUGUUAGAGGGGAAACUGUUCGUUCUUGUGUAUGAAUCACUAGUGCGUGAUCGAAGCAAAAGCUCUUCCAGCGAAUAAAAAUAUAUAAAUACCGACAAGCGAAUGCACGCAAAAGCAACAACAAUUUGUUUUGUAAAAUCCGCACUUGUGCACAAUAAAACGCUGCCAUUAAAUAACAAAAAUGGACCAAGUGAGCAUCUUUGAUUUGGCAAGUUACAGCUUCUUUGAAAUAUUUAUGCACAUAAAAGAGAACUGCGAGAGCGGAAGACCAGCUGAACUCGAGGAAAUCAAGUAUGCCGAUCUCAUUAGCUUUGCCGCUUGUUGCAAGCCGUUUGCCGCGCUGCUCCGUGACUGGAAUACGAAACUAUAUAACAGUCUUGAGAAGUACAUAAUAUUCAGAUAUUUAGAUAUUAACAUCGACUUUGAAGAGGUGCAUACCCGGUUGAAGAAUGAGUUAGCAAAGUACAAGGAAACCUAUUGGAGCUCCCUCAGCCAGGCCAUCAGGGACGCACCCGCAACCGAUGUCGAAUUGUGUUACGCUCCCGAAUCAUUCCACAGAGAUUACAUGGACGCAUUUGACACCGUGAUAGAUCAACUCAAAAACAAGACAAACCUGAAAGAGUUACACAUUGAUGUGUCGGGCUACACCCUAAAAGGUCUGGGAGGAAUUAGAAGCCUCGAGGAACUCCGAGAAGGCUGCACGAGAAGGGCACUCUUCAGCCCCUGCUGGAGGGAUUGGCCUGCACUCAGAGCAAAGUCCUCGACAGAUUGUACAUAGACGAGGCAGUGGAGUGUGGAUUUGACGAUCCGCAGAGCAUUGGGCUCGUGUCCCAACUGACCGAACUCAACCACUUGAAGAUACUGUCCAAACACGACUCUAGGACAUUAUGCGAGCAAGUUCUGAGAAUUAUAGUGGAGUCAAAGGGGAAAACGAGGAUUGAGCUAGACAAUUCGUCAAUAUCAUACGAAACAUGUGGAAAUCUUACACUUGAUUUGAGAGACCAGAAUGCAAACACCUCAGACUACAGUCCACUUUCGACUCUGCCAGGCUUUACUUCGGUAUCUGAAAUCGUAUCACUGAAGAGGUUGACGUGUGGAUUUGUCGAAACACAAAACGCUGAGCUCCUGGCGGAGCUACCGGAGCUCGAGGAAUUGACUAUUACAUCUGCGCCAUCAUACCCAGGAUCCCUCUGGGGCCUCCUGUCUGCUC